AUGCGUGUGGAGACCUGCCAUUUCUGCUCACGGCCCGCCUUCCCCGGGAAGGGCAUCACAUUCGUGCGCAAUGACGCCCGCCAAUUCCGCUUCUGUCGGUCCAAGUGCCAUAAGAACUUCAAGAUGAAGCGUCAGCCACGCAAGCUGAAGUGGACCAAGAGCCAUCGCGCCGCCCGCGGCAAGGAGAUGAUCGUCGACUCGUCACUCGUGCUCUCGCAGUUCGCCAAGAAGCGCAACGUCCCCGUCAAGUACGACCGCAACCUGGUCGCCGCCACUGUCAAUGCCAUGCAGCGCGUCGAGGAGAUCCGCCAGCGCCGCGAGCGUGUCUUCACCAAGCGCCGUCUGGCCGGCAAGCUGGCCCGCGACCGCCAACGCGAGGCAGACCGCAAGGUCGUCGCCGAGGGCGAGCAUCUCAUUCGCAAGGAGCUGCGCGAGCGGGAGGAGGGCCGGCCCAUGGUGGCCGAGCAGAGCAAGGUCGCCAACCGGGUACACGGCGAGGAGAGACUGCGCCAGGGCAAGAAGGCAAAGGUUCUGGUGGAUGGCGGUGUGGAGGAGGAAAUGGACGUCGAUUAG